UAGAAUUUAUGCCUUGGAGCAAAUGACCAAAUAAGGCACGCACACACUCUGGUGUGACGGGUCUCAGAGGUGGGGGGUGGUGCUGAACGAACAGCUCCCUGUAAAUGAGGGCUUCAGUAAAUAAAGCAAUCAAAGACCUCUCGGCUUAGCGCACAGCUCUUCGCGCGGCACAACGUAGUCAUGAACCAGCCAAGCUCUCCGUCUUCAAGAUCAACAUUAAAACUUUUAAAACCCGUCACUUCACCCAGACCAUGAAGAGGCAAAACGUAAGGACCCUCGCUCUCAUCAUCUGUACCUUCACCUAUUUGCUCGUUGGAGCGGCUGUUUUCGAUGCCCUGGAAUCUGAGCAAGAGAAAACGCAGAAGGCAAAACUGGACGGUAAAAAGGAAGAACUGAUGGUUGCAUAUAACCUGACUCCCGAGAACUUCGAUGAACUUGAAAGGGUUGUACUGCAACUGAAACCUCACAAAGCGGGAGUCCAGUGGAAAUUCGCAGGAUCUUUUUAUUUUGCUAUCACUGUGAUCACAACGAUAGGAUAUGGUCACGCAGCCCCCAGCACAGAUGGAGGGAAAGUCUUCUGCAUGUUCUAUGCCCUUCUGGGAAUUCCGCUCACGUUGGUGAUGUUCCAAAGCUUAGGUGAACGAAUCAACACCUUUGUCAGGCACCUCCUGCACCGCAUCAAGAAGUGCCUUGGGUUGCGGCAGGCAAAUGUCUCCAUGGCCAAUAUGGUGACCAUUGGCUUCUUCUCUUGCAUCAGCACCCUAUGCAUUGGUGCAGCUGCUUUCUCCAAAUAUGAGGACUGGAGCUUUUUUCAUGCCUACUACUACUGCUUCAUCACGCUCACCACCAUUGGUUUUGGAGAUUAUGUGGCCCUCCAAAAGGAUGAAGCCCUACAGAACAACCCAAAGUACGUAGCGUUCAGCUUCAUCUACAUUCUUAUAGGCUUGACUGUCAUAGGGGCCUUCCUCAACCUUGUGGUGCUACGCUUCAUGACGAUGAAUGCUGAGGACGAGAAGCGGGAUGCGGAGCACCGGGCUUUGCUUACCCGCAACGGGCAGGCCAGCAACAUCCACUGUGUCCCAGAACCCCCCGCCUCCACAGUGGGCACCAGCCGUGGACUCCGGAAUGUCUAUGCUGAGGUGCUUCAUUUCCAGUCCAUGUGCUCCUGCCUCUGGUUCAAGAGCCGGGAGAAGCUGCAGUACUCCAUCCCCAUGAUCAUCCCUAGAGAUCUCUCCACCUCCGAUUCCUGUGUGGAGCAGGGCGAAGCCUCCCCUGCGCGCUUUACAGAUCCGCGCUCUAACGGCUGUGUCUGCAACAUGCAGCAGCGGUCUGCUAUCAGCUCCGUGUCCACCGGCCUGCACAGCCUCUCAGGUUUUAGGGGUCUCAUGAAACGAAGAAGCUCAGUUUAGCCGCUGGAAGGUUUUUCUUUCCCCCUGAAAGAGAUUGUAGAGGAAACACUGUUUUAGACUGUUUUUCUUCAUUUCAAAACAAAUAUUUUAGAACCUCAAGAACUGAAUCAUUUGCACCUUUUGAUAGAUAGGGUCUUUUGAAUGAAAUACAGUUUUGCUUUGCUGAUAAGUCUUCAAGCACAUUAGCUUUAAAACAGCAGUACCAGAGAUAUAGUAAAGUCAGUUACUGAUCCCAGAUUUGUGGCUUAUAGCUUUGUAUUUUGUUUUCUGUCAUUCGGUAAUCAUAUCCCUUUCAUCCUAAUUUACAUAAUCAGCCCCAUCGUCACAUUUUGUUGAACUGGAAGUUGGGUAGAUAUACAGUAUGAUGAAAAACAGAUGACAAAUCCAAUUUAUCAGAGUCAGCUCACAGCAAUGACUGUCCUGCAUGAGAAAAGAAUAAGGAUUAAGCAUGUUUGUCUAACAUGCCCAUGUGCUAGAGCCAUUACCCUGUGACAGGUGCCUGUCAAGAGAGCUGACUCUGAUUAGAGGAGGAGACUGUCUCACAGUGACAUCACUACAAGACUGAAGAAGUCUAGCCCCUCGGGGCAGUCACUUCUUUACCAAAAACCAAGAAGACCCUGGCUGAUUAAUGCUCACUCUAACUUUGCAGCACACUGCCAACUGUGGUGCAGGGGGAUCCUGAGGACUGUUGGCUAGGAAUCCAUGCUAGAAAUCCAGGCUUGAACCAGAGAUGUCUGGAUCAUGGAGCUCAAUGUGCAGUUGCAGUAAGUGGCUAAAGCUGUAUAUUCACUCAAGAUCCCCCAAGAGAGAAGAACUGCAUACUGAAAUGUAUAUAUUUCUACAAAUGAAACCUUAUUUAAAACUAUAUUCUGUCAAUUAGGAAAGAGCCUAUUUUUACAGUUAAAAACUCAAACUGAGUCUUAACAUCUUGGUACUUAUGUCUUAGUCACUGAAGAUCUGUUUAUGACAAACACUUCACAUAUUUGAGUACUGUUGACCUGGUAAAACUAUUACCUCUUAUAGGAAAUAGUGUAAUUUCUAUUCUUAUUAAGUUAAUGUGUUAUGGCCACAUGCAUUUCUAUUGAUUGUUUAUUUUUACUGCCAUAGGCUACAAUGUAUUACCAUGUUUUUUGAGUUUGUUUGCUCUUUGUGUGUAGGCUAUUCAAUUUUUAAAUUAAUUGCAGCACUUUAGGAUGCUAGAUAUUUUACAGUAUCCAUUAUAA